AGUGGGAUACGAGCUGUCAGAAAAGAGAAAGAAACAGAGAGCAUAGAAAAAUAGAAAACUGAUCCCACCACAUAAUACAUGCCCUACUCAGAUCCAUUGCUCUUCAUCAUCCUCUAAAUGCUUAAUUGUGUAAUAAGAAUCAAUAACAUUCCCAAUGGCCAAUGACAGUGACUUCCUUCGUUCUUCCGACUCAUCCAUCUCCUCCCUUGAUGACAUCAUUGUCCUGUUCUCGAACAGCACUGUUGAGGAUCCCAGCGUUGUGAGUAACAACGCCACCACAGCCAUUGGGGCCCUCAUCCUGGGCCUGGUCUUCCUCCUCGGUGUCCCAGGGAACCUCUUCAUCAUCUGGAGUAUCCUGGCCCGUGCCCGCCGACGCUCCGUCACCACCCUCCUCAUCCUCAACCUGGCGUGCGCCGACGGCUCCCUCAUGUGCCUCACCAUCUUCUUCAUCAUCUAUUUGGCUAGGCAGAACUGGGACUUUGGCACCUACAUGUGCAAGGGGGUGUUUUACCUGUGCAACUUGAACAUGUAUGCCUCCAUCUUCCUCAUCACGCUGAUGAGCCUGCACAGGCUGGUGGCAGUGGUUUGGCCCCAGCGAGUAGCGGCCCUGGCCAGCAAGACGAUGGUAGUGCGGGCAAUAGUUGUGCUCUGGGUCCUGGUGUUCUUCAUGGCUAUCCCAGCUCUGGUGUUCAGGGAGCAGAGGGAUGAUCAUAACGAACUGAACAAAACCCAACGGGUGUGUGCCUCAGAUCACAGAGUGCCUCAGCAUUUGGUGUUCCAGUACACCUUUGAGACAGUAAUGGGAUUCCUGGUUCCGUACGGGAUUAUAGUGAGCAGCUAUGUCUGCAUCCUGAGACGCCUCAGACAGACCAAAUUCCGUCGCAAGGUCCGCAGUGAGAAUCUCAUCCUGGCCAUCGUGGUGAUGUUUGCCAUCUUCUGGUUGCCCUAUCACAUCAUCAACAUAAUACAGGUGGUGGCUGAGCAUUUUGAUGACACUUCACCAAUAAAAAAGAGACUAUAUAGGAUAUGGCGGCCCAGUCGUGCUGUGACCUCCGCUCUGGCCUUCAUCAGCAGCUGUGCCAACCCUAUUCUCUACACAUUCGCUGGGAAGUCCUACAUCAGAGGGGACGGCAUGGCCUUUAUGGCUCGCCUCUUUGAAGGGACAUCUCUGGACACUGGGAUAAGGAAGGGCCAGCCGACAACCAGGGACAGGGAGGGAAAGAGACUCAAAGAGACGUUGUCUUUCAGCAGCUCUGGGGGCAAUGUUGUGAUGAAAGGAAAAUAGACACUCCUAUGCAGGGUUGCACUGCACAUGCUAACCACUCAUCAUGACGAUGCACUCCUGCACACAGACUGCUUACAUGUUUUUAUUGAUAUAUAGAUCUGCUCCUCUACUUGCAUAUGGGACCACCUGAAACAAUCACUACAAUAUUCAGUGCACCUUAUGUGAGACACAAGUUUCUCACUAGACCCAACUUCUCUGCCACAAUUCUUUUGUAAAUGUGUUUGUCAAAUGUGCCUUUUUUACUUUUAAUUCAUUGCUUGUGCCGCUUGAAUGUUUGUUGAAUCGCACGCUGCAUUCAACACCCUGCAUUGACAGCCGCACACCCAACAACCGCAGCACUAGCACACAAAAACAUAUUCUCAACCCCUGCCCCAUGGAGAGCAUCACUCCAGACACCACACAGCCAUACACCACCCAGCCAGAGCACCACACAGCCAGAGCACCACACAGCCAGAGCAGCACACAGCCAGAGCACCACACAGCCAGAGCACCACACAGCCAGAGCAGCACACAGCCGGAGAACCACACAGCCAGAGCACCACACAGCCAGAGCACCACACAGCCGGAGCACCACACAGCCAGAGCAGCACACAGCCAGAGCACCACACAGCCGGAGCAGCACACAGCCGGAGCAGCACACAGCCAGACACCACCCAGCCAGAGCAGUGCACAGCCAGAGCAGCACACAGCCAGAGCAGCAACCAGUCAGAGCAGCACACUGCCAGAGCAGCACACAGAGGACAACAUUGUCAUCCUGUGUGACUCCAACGACAAAUAUCUUAAUGGAAGACACCUGUUCCCAAAGAGAGGAGUGAGGAAGAUCUGGUGCCCAACUAUGCAGUCAGCCCUUGGGAUCCUGGCAGAGCAGAGACUGAGACCACCGACUCACAUAAUCAUCCACACAGGGACGAAUAAUCUCUGCAAGCAGGGUGGAUGUAACCAAGGCUCUGACCAAGAUGUUUUAUAUAUAUAUUUUUUUACUUCAGUCUAAUUUAGUAAAUACUAAAUUGUUGGUUAAGGGCUUGUAAGUAAGCAUUUCACUGUAAGGUCUACAGCUGUUGUAUUCGGUCCAUGUGACAAAUAAAAUGUGAUUUGAUUUGA